GGGGCCGCGGUGCGGCAGCGCGGAGCCCGUCGGGGGGGGGCGCGGGGCUCGGAGCGGUGCUGCGGGCUCCGGGGGCUGCCCGCCCCGGCCCGGCCCGGCUCAGCCCGGCUCGGCUCGGCUCGGUUCACCAUGACCAUGAGCUCCGUAGCCGAGAGUUUGCUGGGCUCCGACCCUUCCAAAGCUUCUUUCCUGGAGCUCGGCCACCCCUCGCCGCCGCACUACCCGCUGCACGGCCUCCACCCCGCCGGCCACCCCCAGCACGACCCGCCGCCCUUCGCUUCCUACGGUCGGCCCGGGUCCUACCCUUACACCGGCGGGGCCCCCCCGCCGCCCCACGGCGGCCCCUACCUGCCCUACCCGCCCGCCGGCGCCCAGCAUCCCCCGGCCGGGCUGGCCCACGGCGCCAGGCUGCAGGACGCAGAGCAUGACAAGCCCCCGGCCGUCGCCAACGGGGAGCUGCGCAUCAACGGCAAGGGGAAGAAGCUCCGCAAGCCCCGCACCAUCUACUCCAGCCUGCAGCUGCAGGCCCUCAACCAGCGCUUCCAGCAGACCCAGUACCUGGCGCUGCCCGAGCGCGCCGAGCUGGCCGCCCAGCUGGGGCUCACCCAGACCCAGGUGAAGAUCUGGUUCCAGAACAAGCGCUCCAAGUACAAGAAGAUCAUGAAGCAGGGCUCGAGCGUGCCCGAUGGGGAGCAUCUCCACACCUCCUCCUCGCUCUCCCCUUGCUCCCCCAACAUGCCCCCGCUCUGGGACAUCCCCGUGCCGGGCAAGGGGCCCCCCCUGGCCCCCAGCAACUACAUCAGCAGCUUCGGCGCCUGGUACCAGCCGCACCCGCAGGACGCGAUGCCCCGGGGUCCCAUGAUGUGAUGCCGCCAUGGCUCCAGCACCCACCGGCUCCGGGAGGGC